UAAGGAAGAAAAGAAACACAGGGAAGAAAGUACGGUUAAAGGAAAGGAGAAAAAGAAAAAUGGAAAACAAGGAUCAAAUAAAUUUCGUGUUUCAACCAUGGACAAAGCCGCAAAGAACAGAAACAAGACUAGGUUCAAACAGGAUUUUAUCCCUGAAAUUCCAUCACCUACCGAGGAUACCACUGACAUGGUGUCUGGAAGAAAUAAGGAAAGGGCUCAUGGGAUUGUGUUGGAUGUAACAGAAAAUAAUUUUAAUAAUUCAGAGGCUGUAAAUAAUGAAAUUAAUGAAGCUAAAUUGCCUAUCAUCCUGCAUCCCGUUUUAUACACAUCUGCAAAUAGUGAACAUCCGAAACCAGACAUGGGAAAAUCAAUGAAUGAUAAUAAAAUACCCCUACUUCAAAUCACAAAGGGUACAACACUGCUUGAAGUAAGUUCUACAUCAGAAUAUGACAACAUUUCUAUAACAGCUGUGUCCGGUGAGGUUGUGAAUCAGUUGCAGAAUAGUACUGAGCAUGAUACCAGAAUGCAAGCAAAAGAUCACAUGGAACUGAACCCUUCUUCAGUAUUUGAACUAGGUAACAUAACAGAGGAAGGUGAUUGGUCAUGUCUAAAUGGGAUAUUCCUUCCUGCACCAGUUGUGGCCAAUGCAAAAAUCAAGUACACGUGGGGAAAAUACCUGGAAGCUGAAUAUGAGUGCCAGCAUGACUACAAGAUGGAACCUAUAGAAACACCACGACUGGUGUGUAGCAAGCACAGGUGGUUGGGAGAACUGCCAAAAUGUCUACCCUACAGUAAGGGCAACACUAGUACACCCAACAGUUGCACAUGUGACCAGGUGUGCACUGUAGUUGGGAUCCAGCUAGUUUGCUCCUGCUUCCGUGGCUUCAGAAUGCAAGACACAACAUGUCACGAUGUUGACGAGUGUUCUUAUUCAAAUGGUGAUUGUGAAAUUACGUGCCGCAACACACCUGGCUCAUAUCAGUGCACCUGUCCCUCAGGCUUCAGACUGUCAGCAGACCGCAAGACUUGUCUAGAUAUAAAUGAAUGUUUGCUGAGAAACGGACAUGGCCCUUGCCAAGGCUCAUGCCACAACCUGCCAGGCAGCUACACGUGCAGCUGUGAGGGGAUCAUUGGUACUCACUUGGCUGCUGACAAACACACCUGUCAGGAUGUCAAUGAGUGUGCUCACAACAAUGCUGGUUGUUCCCAUGUUUGCCUCAAUACACUUGGACGUGCUUUCUGCCUGUGUCCUCCAGGCUUCAUGUUGGACACUGACUGGAAGACGUGUCAUGAUACUGAUGAGUGUGCAGAUCCAGAACUGCAGGUGGGAGGACGCUGUACUGGGGGUUGUGUCAACACACUGGGCUCAUAUCAGUGUGCAGAUCUAAGAGAUCAGGUUUCUGGUGAUAAUCCACCAAAUACAGAACCCACAGAUGCCAUAUCUUCCACACCUGCUGAGUGCUCAUCUGGAUUUGAGGUCGGACCAUUUGGAAGCUGUAUGGAUACAGAUGAAUGUGCCAUAAACAAUGGAGGCUGCUCUCACACCUGUCAGAACACACUUGGAGGAGCAAACUGCCUCUGUCCCCCUGGUUUCAUGCUUGGAAAUGACUGGAAGACUUGUAAAGCAAUGGAAGUUCGACGUAGGAAAUCACAGAACUUCUCUAUAAUUUGUGAGCCAGGGUAUGUGCAGACCAAAGAAGAACAUUGUAAAGAUGUGGAUGAAUGUGCAGUACAAAAUGGUGGCUGCAUGCAGGGCUGUGUGAACAUUAAGGGCAGCUACCAGUGCCUUUGUGGUCGUGGAUUUUUUCUUGCAGCUGAUCAUAAAACUUGCAUAGAAGGAAGAAUGGACAUUGUAUGCCCACCAUUAUCUACCCCCUCAUAUGGAUAUCUACACUGUACUCGAAGAGCUUUUAUGGUGGCUCCAGAACGGUGGCGAUCUCGUUGGCGUCGAAGGAUUGUGAAUCACGCAGGAGCAGUUUGUGAACUGAGAUGUCCACAUGGGUACAGGGUGCAUGGGGAGUACCGGAAAGUCUGCGAGACAAGUGGCAGUUGGGCUGGUCCACAAAAUGGGUUCUGCAUGCCAUUCCCGAAGCCAAAGAUUGAAUGCCCAGGUAACAUCAGUGUGGAGAUUGAACCAGGUCAGGUUACAGCGUUUGUUGCCUUCCCACAGCCUGCUACAGAUGUUGACUGGUUCAGGAAUGUGGUUUCCAAACCAAGCUGGGGCAAACUCUUGGAGGCUGAUCUUCGACCUGGAUACUGGCCAGUGACAUUCACAGCCCACCAUCCAGUGUCACGUCACACAGCGUCAUGUACACUGUUCAUCACUGUCAGCAUAUCAAGUACACCUACAGAAGCACAGCAGAAUAAUACUUAACAGCUUUGAUAUCCAGACGUGUCAAAGGUCACAGAAAGUGAGAUGCAGAAAUAGAAUCCCAUCCUGAAGGAAGAGGCCAGAGGUCCUACAACAAAU